CACAGACAAACCCCACACGUUCUCUUCUAUAAAAAAAAAAAAAAAUAGUCUCUGCUAAUCUCAUCUCUGCCUCUCUGUUCUGUUUUUCUCUCUCGCUCUAUUGCUCUGCUAUUGCUACCAUUACCAACCACAUCAACAAAAAAAUGGAGCUCAAACCUGGUCUUUCAGCUCUCGUUACCGGUGGAGCCUCUGGAAUUGGUAAAGCGCUUAGCCUUGCUCUUGCAAAGAAGGGAAUAUUUGUGACAGUUGUUGAUCUCUCAGAAGAAAAUGGAAGGCAAAUAGCAUCCCUAGCUGAAAAGGAGAGUGCCAAGUUCCACUCCAACUUAGAAUUUCCAUCUGCUAUCUUUGUAAAAUGCGAUGUGAGCAACACGAGAGAAACAGCUGCUGCUUUUGAUAAGCACUUAGCGACUUAUGGAGGAUUGGACAUCUGUAUUAACUGUGCUGGAAUUAGUACUCCUAUUCCAUUUUACCAGGAUAAAACUGAUGGCACUCAUUCAUGGAGACACACUGUUAAUGUGAACCUGAUUGCAGUUAUUGAUUGCACUCACCGUGCGAUUAAGGCCAUGGAAUCUGCACAAAAGCCUGGUGUAAUUAUAAAUAUGGGAUCUGCUUCUGGUCUUUAUCCAAUGUACGCUGACCCUAUCUACUCUGGUUCAAAAGGUGGUGUUGUUCUGUUUACUAGAUCACUUGUACCCUACAAGCGUAAAGGGAUUCGCGUCAAUGUGCUUUGCCCUGAGUUUGUUCAAACUGAGAUGGGCUUAAAAAUUGAUUCUAAAUUUGUUGGCAAGAUGGGGGGCUUUCUUCCGAUGGAAAUGGUGGUGAAAGGUACUUUUGAGCUUAUCACUGAUGAAAGUAGAGCUGGUUCGUGCCUGUGGAUUACCAAUCGCAGAGGCAUGGAAUAUUGGCCUGGUCCUCUGGAAGAAGCAAAGUACUUGCUGCCUUCUUCAAAAUCUAAGAAAAGUUUUCCAUUCAAAGUUGCAUCAAAUUUCCAACUUCCUCAUAGUUUUGAGAAAAUAGUUGUUCACACCUUAAGUCACAAUUUUCGUAAUGCCACCCGCAUUGUGAGCACGCCAUUAAGAUUGCCUAUAAAACCACAUCAUGUUCUUGUGAAAAUCAUUUAUGCUGGUGUAAAUGCUAGUGAUGUAAAUUUCAGCUCAGGGAGUUAUUUCAGUGGCUCAGAUAAAGGCCAAAGCUCCAAUCUUCCCUUUGAUGCUGGCUUUGAGGCUGUGGGAAUAAUUGCUGCAGUUGGAGACAAUGUAACUGACUUGAAAAUUGGCACUCCUGCUGCAGUCAUGACUUUUGGAAGUUAUGCUGAAUUCAUAAUGGUUCCUUCAAAACAUGUACUCCCAGUGGCGAGACCAGAUCCAGAAGUUGUUGCCAUGCUUACUUCAGGAUUAACAGCAUCAAUUGCUCUAGAAAAGGCUGGACAAAUGGAAUCUAGAAAAGUUGUUCUUGUGACAGCUGCUGCCGGAGGGACAGGUCAAUUCGCAGUCCAGCUUGCAAAAUUAGCUGGAAAUACAGUGGUUGCAACUUGUGGAGGUGAGGAAAAGGCCAUGCUAUUGAAAAAUUUGGGAGUUGAUCGGGUGAUAGACUAUAGAGCAGAAGACAUUAAAACUGUUUUGAAGAAUGAAUUUCCCAAAGGUCUUGAUAUCAUCUAUGAGUCUGUGGGUGGUGACAUGUUCAACCUGUGCUUGAAUGCUUUGGCAGUCUAUGGUCGACUUAUUGUAAUUGGAAUGAUAUCUCAGUAUCAAGGGGAGCAUGGAUGGAAGCCAUCAAAUUAUACUGGACUAUGUGAGAAGAUUUUGGCUAAAAGCCAAACUGUGGCUGGUUUUUUCCUGGUACAAUACAGUCACUUGUGGCAAGAACAUCUGGACAGACUAUUUAAUCUUUUCUCUAUGGGAAAGCUGAAGGUUGCUGUGGACCCAAAAAGAUUUUUGGGCCUCCAUGCUGUUGCAGAUGCUGUUGAAUAUCUACAUUCAGGCAAAAGUGUAGGCAAGGUUGUUGUUUGCAUUGAUCCAUCCUUCAGUCAACAAAUGGCGAAAUUGUAAGCAAGUGUUGUCAAAAUAUCUCAGAUAUAAUUUUCAUCAACUUUUGAACAAUAAAAUGUCAGUGUGAAAAAAGAAGAUUGUGGGCUAGCAAUAUAUACUGCUGUUAUCUGAUGGAGCUAGUCUCAACAGUAAUGAUACUUAAGAAGGCACUGUUGAUAACAUCUUGAGCUUGUUUCAUAUCAUUUUGUCAUUUAUUGUGAGUUACUGUUGGACAAAAGCAAAAUAGAAUAGAAAAUAAUAGUACUAUGAAAAGCUUUGGUGCAAGUUUUGGUCCAUAUAAGAUCCAAAUCCUUUCUGUUGUAUAUAUACUUUCUAAUAAUGUUCACUGCCCUUUCUAUUUAUCAAACGAUGAAUAAGAUGUAACAGAAAUUCAAGGCUCUUGAUUAUGUAAGGAAUUCCAAGGUUAUUUAAAUUAGCCCAAGCUUUAUAUAUU